AUGGCGACUCCAUCAGCCUUGCCAUCCAUGGCUCUCACGAAACGCUCAUCCGAUUCUUCUCUCAUGCCACCACCGCCUCCGCCAAAGAGGAUCAAACGUCCUGCGAAGGUCCUAGACGAAGACGACUACACCGACGCCCUUUCCCACAUCAUUGCCCGAGAUUUCUUUCCGGGCCUUCUUGAAACUGAGUCUAAACAAGAAUAUCUCGAUGCAGUGGACUCGAAGGAUCCACACUGGAUCGCAGCCGCCGGAACUAAGCUCACAGAAGCAAUGACUCCCGGCGCAGAUGGACGACGCCUUCGGGGAAGAAAGGGUACUAGCUUUGCAACACCUGUAGUGCAACGUGCUGAAGAAACGCCAAAUGGCUGGCAAGGAGACACGCCUAAGUCUGUAGUCUCUACACCGGGCGCAUCUCUGAAAUCGCAAAAGCAGGCUCUUGACACGAACAUGAGUCUUGGUGCAUUUCAACGAAAAUACACAACAGAAGAUAAUGAAAGCUUUUACAAAUUAGUCGACAAGCAGAAUCAGAAGAGGGCGGAAAAAUACGCGUGGAUGUGGUCGAACAAUAAGAUACCCGCUGCGCGCCAGAUCGCACAUCGCAAGCGGGAACAGCGAAUCGCAGACGCCAAGUUUACUGAAGAGGCUGAGAAUGGCAAGGCUUUGGCCAAAGUGGAACCACCAGAUUCUCGACAAGCUAUGCCCGACACGUGGAAGUCAAAUCCAAGGAACGGUUUCAUGUUUGCACCGGAGUCGAUAGAGGAUAACAUCCAGACUGUUGCGCAGAUGAAAGAAGGGGGCUCUGUUGCUCCUCCUAAAGCUAUUGUACACGACAAUACAAGAAUACCUGAGAUCUUAGUCCCAGAAGGCAAUGGACGACCUCCUUCCCCUACGCUUUCGGCAGUCAAGGACGCAAUAGCUGGACGGCCUCGCCCAACUGCAUCUGAAGCCUCGUUUGAUGGUGCAUCUACCCCAAGAGUGAACGGCUAUGCUUUUGUUGACUCCGAAGAACCUGACCCUCCGCCACCAACCUCGGAACAUUCGAACCUGAUGUUGCUUGGGACAGGCGAUAGCACACCAAAUCCAUUUGUGUUAGGAGAAAGCAGCAAGCGAGAAGCCUUGCAUCAUCGCAUGGUCGAUAGAUUGUCCAAGAGUAAGCGAGCUACUGCAGGUAGGCGAGAAUCGGAAUUGAAAAGCCAAGUCACUCCAAAGUUCUUGUCUAGUCCUAGAAUCGAGAAGAGAGGUGGCUUGACUCCUGCCGCCGAGCUGCUACUGGGAAGGGUGGGAAAGCAAACACCACAAAGGACCCAUGGAGGAGUUUGGGAGAAUAGGGAAAAGACGCCUCGAAGAAGUGGGCUAAGGCAGAUGCUCACUCCUAAAAGUACAAAAUAG